CAGCCGCUGAAAAGCCCCACUUCAGCUCCCUGUAAGCUGCCAUUUGCUGGUUCAUACAAGCAAUUAAACACAGACAUGAAGGUGGAAAGGUCUUAUUUUUUCCAUCUGCUUAGCCAGAAUACCCAGGAGGUGAUAUGGCAACCGGUCCCAGUGAGCUGUUGGAACAAAGUGAGGAAUGUACAGAUUUUGUGAAAGAGCUUCUGACCCAGAAGGAAGACAUUCAGAAUCAACUGAAAGAAGGCAGCAAAGAAGAUGCCAAGAUACCUGCAAGUCAAGAAGAAGUGAACGGCAAAACAAACGAGAUAGAGGAGGAAGAGAAAAAUAAGCUCCACAUUCUUGAGAAAGAUCUUGAUGAAUUUGUGGAUAGUAUGACUGAAGCCACACCAUCUGUGCUUCCUAAGAAAUCACUUGAGGCAGAGAAGCAUCUGUUGCCUGAAAUGGCCCCUGCAAAAUUGCCUCGGGCUGAGCAAGUUGCAGAAAAAGUCCUGAGGGCUGAAAAGGUGGUUGAGAGAGCCCAACGAGUCGAAAAGCCACCAGCACUGGAAAAGGUGGCCGAGAAAGUGCCGAGAGUCGAAAAGGCACCACAAGUUGAGAAGGCAGUUCGGGCAGAGAAGACAGCUGAGAAACCACAUCUAGCAGGUAUGACUUUCUCUCAGCCAAUUGAGCAUUACGUUGGAGAUCCCAUGGAUGAGAGGAAGAGAAUGUUUAACCCUUUUUCCUUGUACAGUGGGACCUCCAUCCACAGUGCUUUUUGGUUUAGAGCAAUUUUUCUUGAUCUGGACAACUUGCAGACAUGGGGGGAACUCCAAGAAUUCUCAGCAGUUUUCAUCAUGGUCAGGAAUUCUGGAAGUUGAAGUCUAAACAUCUGCAGGAUGAUUUAGUUGGGAAGAAUGAUUUGUAGCAGAGGGGGACAAAGAUGAGUACUGAUGAUAGAGAGAGAGAAGGUUUAUAAAAUGAUAUAUUAUAUGGAGAGAGAGAAACAGGUUCCUCUAUCUUAGAUUUGAUAUUACAGCCAGGAGUGACCAAAGAAAAUACUUAUUCAGGUUGUGCAAAAAAGUGAAGUCUCCUUUGCAUCAAAUUCCAUGUGGCUUUCUUGGUAACAAUACAUAAGUGCUUACUAUUGUCUUCUUCU